UUCAUGGUUCCCUGCUGUGUUGCUGUAGAAAGUAAACAUUUGCACAUUUAUAUGAACCUGUCCUCCCAAGAAAAACAACACUAUAUGUUUGGCUCUAUUGUAUCAUUAAUCUCAUACAAAAUAUACUCCAUUUUUUCUGAGGAGCAUAUAGAGAUAAGUAAUUUUUUCAUACUACAUAGACCCAGAAAGCUUUAAGAGAACUGGGACUCUUAUGUCAUCUAGCAUAUUAAUACAAUAAACUGCAUUAGCUAUAGGCACACCCUUAUUAAAUUGUUUUAAAAAGUUCAGGCACCCUACACAAACUAAAGCAAAGUAAUAUAGCACUACAACUACAAAGGUAGUGAACAUCAGAGUGAAUAAAUAUUAGAAUGAUUGUCUGAAAUGAUCCAAAAAGCUUUGUAGAUUCAUUUGCUUUUCCAUCUGAUAAAGUUUGCAGUUGAGUCAGUGUAGCUAUCGGCCCCUCUUGCUGUCAAUCACUCAACUACUUUCCCAGCUAAUUAUCUGUGGGGCCCCAGCUGCUUUGGACUUUAUCUGUGUUUAUAAUGUCCUAUCACACACAUUCUGCCGUGCCUGUGGAGGAGCAUGAAAUGUUUCUGUUGGACCAGUAGUGUUCAAAGCUCUUGCAAGCUGGCAACAGUUUCUGCUUCUUGUUUGGAUAAUUCCUCUACAGUAUAGCCUACCAACCGGCCCAUGUAGAAGGAUGAGAGGAGAGAAGCAUUUACUGCCAAUUAUACUAAUGUAUGUGCUGAGUUUAUUAACACUGCAGACAUCUUAUGGACAGCACUUGACAGAGGAGCCCUGCACUGUUCAGAUCCUCGUCCCGGGACUCAAAGGAGAACCAGGAGAGAAAGGGCAAAAGGGGGCACCGGGGAGACCAGGAAGAGUUGGCCCUCCAGGAGAAAUUGGUUCACCUGGGCUUAAAGGACAGAAAGGCGUAAUGGGACGUUAUGGAAAAGUGGGCCCAAGUGGAAUGAAAGGUGCAAAGGGAGAUAUGGGAGAUCCAGGUCCAAGGGGCCCCGAUGGAGAGCCAGGUGUUCCAUGUGAGUGCACACCAAUGAGAAAGAUGAUUGGAGAAAUGGACAUUCUUGUGGCACAGCUAUCCUCCGAACUGAAGUUCAUUAAAAAUGCACUGCCCUCCCCUGCAGCUGUUGCUGGCAUAAAAGAGACAGACAGUAAGGUCUAUCUGUUGGUGAAGGAGGAGAAACGCUACACUGAUGCCGAAGUCUACUGUCAGACGAGGGGAGGGCACCUGGCCAUGCCCAAGGAUGAGGGAGCCAACGCUGCCAUCGCAGGGUACAUUACAGAAGCAGGCCUGAGCAGAGUCUAUAUUGGCAUUCAUGACCUGGACUGUGAGGGUGUUUUCACCUAUGUGGAUCAGUCUCCCAUGUCCACUUUCAGCAAAUGGAGGAAAGGAGAGCCCAACAAUGCCUAUGAUGAUGAGGACUGUGCUGAGAUGGUGGCCUCUGGGGAGUGGACUGAUGUGGCGUGCCACCCCACCAUGUAUUUUGUUUGUGAAUUCGACAAAGACAGUGUCUGAGUUUAGUCCAUGUUGA